CUGAUGUUCAGCGAAUCGGUUGAUUAUAGAGCUCUAAUUGCUACCGCCGAUUGGGCUUUUAUGCAAUCGGGCACCAAGAGAGAGAAACGUAGGGAAAUCGAGAAUGGCCGGAGAUGGUAAAACCCUAAAAGAAGAGGAAGCGAACCAGCCGUCUUCUUCAUCGCAGGAGGCAUGGAAGGAGCGGAUUCUUAUUCCUACUCUCCUCGCAGGAAUUGCCGGUGGGGCAGUUGGAUUGGUAUCGAAGCAUGGCAAAGUUCACGGGCUCGCCAGCAUUUCUGCGACUUACGCCUCUAAUUUUGCCAUUGUUACUGGUUGCUACUGCGGUGCUCGUGAAUUUGUGAGAGCAAGCAGAGCAUCAAGACCUGAUGAUUUGCUCAACUCAGCAAUUGCAGGUUUUGGAAGUGGCGCAAUUCUUGGCCGUCUUCAAGGUGGUCAAAUUGGUGCUAUCCGAUACUCCAUCAUCUUUGCAGUUUUGGGAACAACAGUAGAUUUUGCUACUCUAAAAUUCAAACCUGCUCUGAAGAGCUUCCGCGAAUCCAUGCUGGGGAGCAGUGACAGUUCACAUAAGAAUGGUGGGUGGUUGAGGCUGCCAGAAUGGUCACCGAUCCAAGUGCUGGACGAGGAAGCUCUUGCCGCAAAGAAAGCUCGGGAGCAGCAGCUUUCUGCUCUAAGGAAUGUUGAUAACCUUAGCAAAGAAGAAUCAUGAGAUUUAACAUUAUACUAGUUGUACUCCUUGUCGAUUCUUUUUUUGUUUUUCUUCGCCUCCUGGUAAGGCUCGACCUCAAAAUAACAAUUCGCAGCAAGUAGGGAUAUUCUCUGUUUUUUUCCCUGCUCUGGAUGUGACUCCAUUUUCUGGGCACAUCUCGAGCUUUGAGAAUGACACCCAUACUGUGGAUGAGAAUUACAUCCAGUCGAUGCCAUGAGGAGGAUUUCCUGAGCUUCAGCACCCUUGAACUUGUGAGCCGUUGCUGGCUGAUUCAUGUACUGGCAUGGGCCUGUAAAUUUGUACGGCAGAAGCACAAGCCCAGGAUUAAUAAAGGGACAAGUAUGCAUCAGAUGUCUUGUCAUUUGUUUGCAACUUAUAGUUACAUUUGAA